AUGGCCCUCGUCGCCCUGGAUGCGGGCGCCGGGCACGGGCCGUCGUCCCCAGACGGCCUCGCGGCCGACGCGGUGCGCCCCGACGAGACCGCGUGGGACCUCCUGCGGUCGUUGCGCGCCAGCAGAGGCUCUGGGCUCGCGUGCCUGGACGCCCACCUGCCAGACGGCUCUCUGGGGCCAGGAGAGCUGGUGGUCGUCCACGGCGCGGCGGGCGCCGCGAAGAGCGCCCUGCUCCGCAGCCUGCUCGCGGCCUACGUGGCGCGCACGGAGCGGGGCGGCCACGGCCUGCCCGCCGUGCUCGUGGACGCGGACGGGUCCUUCGACGCGGGGCUCCUGGCCGGGGUGCUCGAGGCGCGCGGCGAGUCCGCGCUGCGGCGGCGGCGAGAGGUCGGCCGCCCAGCGGAGCCGGAGCACGCGGUAUCCGACGCGGAGGCCGUGGAGGAGGCUCUCGGCAGGCUCCUGGUGCUGCGGCCUGACGAGCCCCAGGACCUGCUGCGCCAGCUGCGCCUGCUCCGCGACGUCCUGGCCGCGAACCCGGCGGUGGCCCUGCUGGUGGUGGACUCCAUGUCUGCCUGGCAGACGGCCACCGCCGCCUUCCCGAAGGCGUCCGCGCCGUUCGUCAGGGAGAGCUGGCGGGCGCUGGAGCGGCUGCAGAGGGAGCCC